UGUUUGUUUUGAUUUCCACAUACUUGCACAAACACAGCUGGACAGCAGGUGUCUUUCGCUCAAAGAAAUCCAAGAAAACCUAUGGAAGAUGUCACAUUAUGUCCCUUAAAGACCUAUAAAUACAUUUAUUUGUGCAACUUAGAUGGAGUAGUUAAUGUUCUCCAGCAGUUUUAUUUUGUCUCCAAUAGCAGAUGAGUUUAUCUUGGAACAAAUUGUUUGAAAGAUCGGUGUCCAUCAUAACAUGAGUAGCGACAAUAUUGCCCAUCACAAGCAAUUCAAAUACUGUACAACUAGACUGCAAUAUAGGCAAGGACGAGAACUAAAAGCUGUUAAGGUCUAUACGGUGGCCAAUGAAUCGCUGCAUUUGCUUUGCUUUGGUGUUCCCAAAAUUAAUCUGCACAAUGAAUUGAAACAUAGUUUUCGUAGAUUUGGUGAACUCUGUCAUGUGCGUAAUGUUACACAGGAACUUCUGGAUCAGGGGGCCGAAUUGGAAGCAUUUACUGAAGUAUUUUGGAUAAAAUUCAAGAAAAUAUUCAAUGCUCGCAAAGCAAAAAAGUUUUUAGAUGCUAAGGAAUUUUAUGGUGGCAUCUUACAUAUAUCCUAUGCUCCAGAAUAUGAGACUGUAGAGGAGUUAAGAGAAAAACUCAAUCACAGAAUGGCUGAGGUGCAGUACCGCUUAAAAGUAAAUGAUAAACAAUGUAAAAUGAUGAAGACGGAAGAGAACGGGGAAGACAAAUAACAAUAGCUACUGAAUUUUGGGAAUAGUUUAACUUAUUUUUUGUUACCUAAGUAUAUAAUUUAUGGAAACUCUGGCUGUUGAGAACAUUUUAUAAAAUACUAUUUUUAUUUCCAUAAAAAUAUAUUCUAAUAUAUUUAUGUACAUAUUAUUA